AUGACUUCCAGUCUAGAGAGAUUCUUUACCUGUGAUCUGGAGGAUUGCGAGCUACCCAGUGUUCGGGGCUUUGGUCCCUAUGAUGCCUUCGAAGCCAAUGUACACACCGAGGUAAAGAACCUACGUGCCAAAAUCAACGACGAAGCAGUAUGCCAACGAGCCUCGGAGUUGAACGGCAACAUGAAAUGCGAAAUAGAGCACCCACCUCCAUGGGGGCGCGGAGCACUUAUGGGUUGGGCGAACUAUCAUGCACGGAUUCGCUUUGAGAGUGGCGUCGUAUGGCUUAUGCGCGUUCCACGAACGAACGGAAGUCUUCCACAGAAACUCAUCGAUUACCUUAUUCGAAGCGAAUAUGCGACGCUGAAAUUCCUGGAAUCCACUCAAGUACCUGCACCGCGUGUCUUUGAUUAUGCGACUGCCGAGCAACCGGACAACAAGAUCGGUGUCAGCUAUAUCUUCAUGGAGGAAAUGCCUGGUAAACCAUGGAACCAGCAAGGAUCGGCUGGAAAAGAAAUUGCGGAUAAUGAAGAUAAAGAGAAGAUUUGGAGUGGACUUGCGGAUAUAUUGAUUGAAUUGGAACGCUAUCCGUUUUCCAAGGGAGGUUCUCUUCUUCCGGGAUCUUCGGGUUCGUGUUUGGAGCCUGUCGUUGGGGCUCUUGCCAGUGAACGGUUCCUGGUACUUAGUCCUGAUGGACCAUAUGAUACGGCGAAUGAGUAUUAUACUGCAUUCAUGGAGCAGAAUAUGGUUCUUAUCGCCGAUGGCCAACUUUUCACCAGUUUCCCUGUGAAUGCCUACCUGAUAUUCUUAUAUCUGAAAUCUCAGAUCGACACUCUCACUGAAACUCAAACACCAGCCGAGGAACCAGAGACAACCGAGAAAUUCUAUAUCAAGCAUGUGGAUGAUAAGGGAGAUCAUAUAAUGGUGGAUGAUGAACUCAAUAUUGUCGGCAUUAUCGAUUGGCAGAUGGCCCGGGUGGUCCCUGCCAAUGAAGCAUUUGGACCAUCAUUGGUGACUGCCGAGAUGAGUGAUAUAUACGAUGGCAUAUCGUCCUUGACUGUUCAAGACCAGGCGUUAGCUCGUCUAUUGAGAGAGAAAGGCGCCGGUCAUCUGGCGGAUAUCAUGAGCAAGGAUGAGAGAUUGCGGAGGUUUUUCUUUGGCCUUGAUGUUGAUUUUCCUUGGGAGGAUACACUUCUUUUGAUCCGGGGGAUUUGGACUGCGUUUGGGGUUGGGAGAGAUAUUGAGUGGAAGACUUGGAAAAUAGAGAUGUUGGAGCAACAUGUUGAAGAUGAACGGUUGAAGGAGAUGAUUGAGAAGUUUGGAGUAGGGCCGUGA